CUGUUGGUCCUGACUAUCUUUCGAGUCAUGAUAGAGAUAUACUUCUUAACACGAAACUAUUUAAGGAAAUAAUUAAUAAAUAUGUUAGGAAUAAGUUGAUUGGUUUUUUUAAUGAAGAUAAAACGAUCAAGAAGUUAUUAAAUGUUCAAAAACAUUCAGAUCAUAUGUAUACUAGUAAACUCAUUAACACGCAAGAGAUUACUCAAAAGUUAAAGUUGAUUAGUAAAGAAAUAUCAUCUAUAAAAAUUCCUGAUAAUGAUUAA